AUGCCAGCAAUCAAAAACCCAGAAACGAAAAGAGAAUACAUCGUUCAGUUUGUCAAACCAAAACGGACUGGACCAACCUUCACCAAAGAACAAGUCUAUUCAGCCAUGAUCGCUGUAGAGAAAACCAAUCAAGAAAAUUCGAAAUUUUGUGGACCCUUCGGUCUCUCACGAUCGUAUAGUCUCCAUGCAGAAAUUAGUAACUCUUUCGAAGAGUUAAAACAAAUUGAAGUUUCAAAGAAGUGUAUUGAUCUCUUUCUCACCAAGCAUGCAUGGAUGCCAUGGAGUAAUUGUAUGAGCUUGGAUCAAGUUCAGGAAUGUAUGAAAAUUCAUAAUGAAGCGAAUCAAAAGGAUCCCGAUUAUUGGACAAAAAUUAAUAAUCUGUUGGAAUCGAACGAUCAAUGA